UCAGAAGGCGGAAGUGUUCGCUUCUGGGGAUCCACGUGGGCUCGGAGGGGCUGCGUUGCUAGGCGCCUCGAUGGGGAAGGCGCAAAAAAGGCGCAAUUGGCGAGCGCGGCUGCCAGGAUCGCCCAGGAGGGGGGGUCCCGCUCCCCAGGAGCCUGUGCAGCUGGAACUGGGAGAUGAAACCAUCUUGAAAGGCGUGGAUGAGAGCAACGCCCUCGUCCUUCCAUCCCGAAAAACCCAAGAGAAAUCAGCAACGUGCCUUAAAAGUCCAAGAAAGAAACCCCUGACAAAGAAGCAGAAGAAGAAUUUGGAAAAGGUUUUGGAACAAAAAGCCAAGAAGGAAAAGCGAGCGGAAUUGCUGAAAAGGCUGAGUGAAGUCCAGGUGCCUGAGGCCGAAAUGAAGCUUCUCUACACCACGUCCAAGCUCGGAACAGGAAAACGGAUGUUCCAGGUGAAAAGGUCAGUCCAGGAAGCAAGUGCCAGCUGGUCAAAGAAAAUCAAAAGCAUUGGGGGUGCCAAUAGGAAAAGGGGCAGACUUGAAUUGGAGGAGGAAGAGGCAGAAGAAGAGGAGGAAGAAGAGGAGGAGGAGAAUUCUGAGAAGGAAGAACAGGUUGACAAGGCACUCCCAGAAGCCUCCACCACCACCGAGACGGAAUCCGGAAAGAUCUCCAAAUCGCUACUCGCUUUACCCAAAGAACUUGAUAAACCUCCUGAGCAAAGAAACACAACCUCUAAACCCACCUCUGAACCUGCUGUGUUUGUUCCAGUGGAUCGAUCCCCCGAGAUUCAGGAAGCCCGGUUGAAGCUCCCCAUACUUGGAGAAGAGCAGGUGGUCAUGGAAGCUGUGCGGGAGAAUCCUGUCGUCAUCAUAUGUGGAGAAACAGGUUGCGGGAAAACCACACAAGUGCCUCAGUUCCUCUAUGAAGCAGGCUACGCGAGCACCAGCGGCAUCAUCGGGAUUACUGAACCUCGGCGUGUAGCGGCAAUAUCUAUGUCUCAGCGAGUUGCAGCAGAAAUGAAUUUAUCCCAACAUGUGAUUUCCUACCAAAUCCGUUAUGAGGGGAACGUGACAAAGGAGACGAAAAUGAAGUUCAUGACGGAUGGUGUGCUGUUGAAAGAAAUCCAGAAGGAUUUUUUGUUAUCCAAGUACCACGUCAUAAUUCUGGACGAAGCCCAUGAGAGGAGCGUCUAUACCGACAUCUUAAUCGGUCUUUUAUCUCGCAUUGUGCCUCUUCGAGCUAAGAAAGGGCAGCCAUUGAAACUGAUCAUCAUGUCUGCGACGCUGCGAGUCGAGGAUUUCACCGCUAACCAAAAACUUUUUCCAGUUCCAGCUCCGGUUAUCCAGGUGGAUGCGAGGCAGUUUCCAGUCACCAUUCAUUUCAACAAGAGGACCCCAUUGGAAGAUUACAGCGCGGAAUGUUUCCGGAAAGUCUGCAAAAUUCACCGAAUGCUUCCUCCAGGGGGCAUUUUGGUGUUCUUAACCGGACAGGCCGAAGUCCAUUCUCUGUGUCGGAGGUUAAGGAAGUCCUUCCCUUUUUGCAAAAAUGCAACCCCAGGCUCUGAAGAUGAGGACAAUUCCAUAGAAGCCAUCAGAAGGUUUAAGAAAUCCAGACAGAAAAAGAAGCAUGCUCCUCAAGCCCUGCCCAAAAUUGAUCUGGACAAUUAUUCCAUUCUGCCAACUGAUGAAGGAGACGAAGACCGAGAGGCCGCAGAAGACGACGAAGGAGCGAACUCAGCUGGUUCGGAUCUUGACCUUGAUCUGGGCGAAGGGUGUCUGCAAGGAGGUGAAAAACCGGAUUCUUCCCACCCCCUUUAUGUUCUUCCUCUCUACUCUUUGCUGGCUCCUGAAAAGCAAGCCAAGGUUUUCAGGCCGCCUCCACCUGGGACCAGGCUGUGCGUCGUGGCCACCAACGUGGCAGAGACCUCUCUAACCAUCCCGGGCAUCAGAUACGUGGUUGAUUGCGGGAAGGUCAAGAAACGGUUCUAUGACAAAGUCACCGGCAUCUCGUCCUUCAAGGUUAUGUGGACGUCCCAAGCUUCGGCCAACCAGCGGGCGGGCCGAGCGGGCCGAACGGAGCCAGGCCACUGCUACAGGCUGUAUUCUUCGGCUGUGUUCACUGAUUUUGAACAGUUCUCAGCUCCCGAGAUCACCAGGCGACCUGUGGACGAUUUAAUUCUGCAAAUGAAAGCGUUGAACAUCGAGAAGGUAAUCAACUUCCCAUUUCCUACCCCUCCGUCCACCGAUGCCCUGAAGGCCGCGGAGGAAUUGCUAAUUGCCCUCGGUGCCUUGAAGGCUCCUGUCACAUCUGGAAGGUUGGAAAAGCUGCAGGAAGCCAAGUUCAGCUGUCCCAUCAGCCCUUUGGGUGUCCUCAUGGCCUCCUUUCCGGUAGCCCCACGUUAUGCCAAGAUGCUCGCCUUGAGCCAACAGCACCACUGCCUGCCGUACAUCAUUGCCUUAGUCUCGGCCUUGACAGUGAGGGAGCUGUUUGAAGAUUUCAACAGGCCUUCCCUGAAUGAAGAAGAGCAGGAGAACAUCAAAGGGAAGAGAGCCCAUGUGGCACAGAUGCAAAGGAUUUGGGCUGGCCAAGGACCUUCUCAGAAGCUGGGAGAUCUCAUGGUGAUGCUUGGAGCUGUGGGCGCUUGUGAAUAUGCAGGAUGCACUCCUCAUUUCUGCAGCACCAACGGCCUGCGCUACAAGGCCAUGGUGGAAAUCCGGCGGUUGCGUGGGCAGCUCACCACGGCAGUGAAUGCUGUUUGCCCUGGUGCAGAGCUGUUUGUUGACCCUCAGAUGAAGCCCCCCACGGAAGAACAGGUCAUUUUCUUAAGACAGAUAGUCCUGGCCGGUCUGGGAGAUCACGUCGCCCGAAGGAUCCAGGCGGAGGAACUCCUUGACGAGAAGUGGAAAAAUGGCUACAAGACACCAUUGCUGGACGAUCCGGUCUUCAUCCACCCCAAUUCCAUCCUGUUUAAGCAGCUCCCGGAGUUUGUGGUGUAUCAGGAAAUUGUUGAAACCACCAAGAUGUACAUGAAAGGGGUUUUGGCGAUUGAACCUGAGUGGAUCCCUCUUCUCCUGCCCCCCUACUGCCAUUUUGAAAAGCCUCUGGAAGAGCCUCCUCCAUUUUACUGCCCCGAAACAGGCCACGUCCGUUGCCACAGGCCCAGCAUCUUCUAUCGAGUUAGUUGGCCCCUUCCUGCCGUGGAGGUAGAUUAUCCCGAAGGCCUUGAUCGUUUCAAACAUUUUGCCAGGUUUCUCCUGGAAGGAAAGGUUGUGAAAUUAUUGGCAACUUACAGCCGUUGCUUGCUGUCGAGUCCAGUCACAAUGCUAAAGACCUGGUCCAAACUUCAGCCCAGGACAGAAUCUUUGCUUCAAGCGCUCGUUUCUGAAAAUGCUGAUAACCGGGAUGCUUUGCAGCUGGCCUGGGGAAAAAAUCCAAAAUAUUUAUUGGCUGAAUAUUGCCAGUGGGUUCCAGAAGUUACCCAUGAGGAAAUUGCUAAAAUGUGGCCUCCAGUGCAUUGAUGGCGGUGAAUUUUUAAGCCAGGAACUCUCCAGUUUGCAUUCCUUCUGAAAAUGCCAUGAAGAUUUUCCUGGGAAAAGCAAGAUCCGUAAUUGCACAAGGAAAGGGGAGAAAGGUUCAACUUUCUUCAUUGUCAUCCAAAAGGACCAACGUGUGACAUUUGUGACCUGCAAAAAAUAAUAAUUGUGCAGAUGUUUUUGGUUGGGCUGAAUGCAACGGCUGUCCAGCAAAAGAAUCAAUUUAUAUCCUUUUGUACAAAAGAAAUGCAAUGUUUCUCAACCUGGGAAACUUUUAAGAUUUCAACUCCCAGAAUGCCCCAGGGUUCAGCUUCUCUUGAGAACAGACUCUACAGCUGCUGGAAAUCAUCCAAUAUUCCUCAACCUGAGCACCUUUUAAGAGGUUUGGACUUCAAUUCCCAGAAUUCCCCCAGCUGGCAAAGUUUGAAAAUUUGUGGAUUGCAUUUGCAAAGAUCUCACAUUCCAUUAAGCAGCAUUUACUUUAAUCAUGGUUUUUUGGGGGCUACCCCAUGGUGGUUAUGUUUUCCUCCACAAACCCACAAACCUGGCUUAAAUAUACAUCCCAAUAGGUUGGUUCACACAAACAGCCUGAGCUGCAAACAUAAAGAUUUAGCAGAAUACGUUUAUACGUUUCAACCAGACAACUAACUACAGUUAUUCCAGGUUUUGUAGAAAUAAAUGCCAAGAAAGGGAAUACUCUAAUAUGCCACUGCAUAUUGAAAAAAAACCUAUAGUUUUGAGAUUCUUCUCACCUGUUUCUUUGCGUUUAAAAUGAUGCUAAUCAUGGCAUUUUUGGUUUGUAUCCACAGCCAUUUGUAAAUAUAGCCAUUUGUAAAUAUAAUAGCUGAAUGGACAUUUGCUGUCAGUGUGUUUGGUUAUUUAUUUUCCUUUCUUUAGACCUGCAUACCAUCCAGAGGCUUUAAUCUGAAUGCUUGUGACUGGGGUGGUGAGCAGAUUUUUCUUUCCAGAUGUGGUUGCUUUCUGCCCCAGUUGUUUAGUUUAUUGUCAUUGCACCUCGAACAACGAAAUUAAAUGCCAUCUUCAGUGUACAUUAUAACUAUAAAAAUAAAAAUAAAAACACAUCCUUCGCAUUCUAUACAAUUGAACUGAAAACACGAUAUUGCAUUAAUAUUGCACUAUCCAGUAGAAUUCAAUAUAGUUACUGCUCUGGGGUAAAAGCUGUUUUUCAGCCUAUUUGUCCUUGUUUUUAUUGUCCUGUACCAUCUGCCAGAUGGUAAUAGUUAAAAAAAAAGGGUGCCCAGGAUGCGAUGGAUCUUUAAGAAUGUUUUGAACUUUCUUAAGGCAAUGGGGGCUAUAAAGCUCUUCAAAAGAGCGAAGAAGGCAACCAGUGAUCCUCUGGGCAAUGACAUUAACCCUCUGGAGUGCUGUCCGAUCUGCCACUGUGCAAUUGGCAAACCAGACACAGGUGCAGUAAGUUAAAAUACUCUCUAUGGUGGAGCGGUAGAAGGUCACCAGCAGUUUUCCAUUCAGUUGUUUCCUGAGAAGUCUCAGGUAGUAUAAUCUCUGCUGGGCCCUUUUGAGCACAGCUGCAAUGUGAACGCCCCAGGUCAGGUCCUCCUUUAUGAUGACACCCAGAAACUUAAAACUGGCCACUUGCCCCACUUGGUCUCCAUUGAUACGCAAGGGCUGGAUAUUUGAUCUAUUUCGUCUGUAGUCCACUAUAAGCUCCUUGGUCUUAUUGGUGUUUAGGACCAAGUUAUUGUCUCCACACCAGUUGGAGAUGUGACAAUGUCCAUGGAACAACUCCAGGUUUUUGAAUUUCAUCAUCCAGUUGGGAAGAAUGAAGUAGAAUGGAUUUGGGUGGUAUCCAGUACCUCUUGCAAAAGGAAAAAAGAAAGAAACGAAUUUUCAAAUAUAAGUGAAUGGUUCUUUGGGGAAGCAAAUCUAAAUUUUUCUAUACCUCUUUUGGCCUUAAAAAUCCUCUAUAGUAAUUAUUUUGAAAAACAACAAUGAUUUCUGUGUUCGUAUUUGGUUAUUACCCAAAGUGUUUUCUGAAAUAAAUUGGUUUUUGUUCAGUU